CGCUGCCCGCUCCCCGCCGCCCAUGGCGAGCCCGCCCGGCGGGGACAGCCCCGGCUCCGCCGCCCGGCGCUUCUACUCCAGGAUGGAGGCAUCCUGCCUGGAGCUGGCCCUGGAAGGAGAGCGCUUGUGCAAGGCUGGGGACUUCAAAGCUGGGGCAGCCUUCUUUGAAGCAGCAGUGCAGGUGGGGACAGAGGACCUGAAGACUCUCAGUGCCAUCUACAGCCAGCUGGGCAAUGCCUAUUUCUACCUAAAGGAGUAUUCCAAGGCCCUGCUGUACCACAAACACGACCUUACCCUGGCCAGAACCAUUGGGGACCGAAUUGGAGAAGCCAAGGCAAGUGGCAACCUUGGGAAUACCCUGAAAAUACUGGGGCAGUUUGAUGAAGCUGUGGUUUGCUGCCAGAGACACUUGGACAUUUCUCGGGAGCAGGGAGACAAGGUGGGUGAAGCCAGAGCUCUCUAUAACAUAGGCAAUGUUUACCAUGCAAAGGGAAAGCACUUGUCCUGGAACACGGCCCAGGACCCGGGCUAUCUGCCUCAGGAAGUCAAGGACACGCUACAGAAAGCUUCAGAAUAUUAUGAGAGGAACCUGUCCCUGGUGAAGGAGCUGGGGGACAGAGCUGCACAGGGCCGUGCUUAUGGCAACCUUGGCAACACCCAGUACCUGCUGGGCAACUUCAGUGAGGCCAUCGCCUUCCACAAGGAGCGCCUGGCCAUUGCCAAGGAGUUUGGGGACAAGGCGGCCGAGCGCAGAGCCUACAGCAACCUGGGCAACGCCCACAUCUUCCUGGGCAGGUUCGACAUCUCUGCCGAGUACUACAAGAAAACCCUCCAGCUCUCCAGACAGCUCAAAGACCAAGCAGUAGAAGCCCAGGCUUGCUACAGCCUGGGGAACACCUGCACACUGCUUCAAGACUAUGAAAAAGCCAUUGAAUACCACCUGAGGCACUUGGUGAUAGCACAGGAGCUGGGAGACAGGGUGGGAGAAGGAAGAGCCUGCUGGAGUCUCGGAAAUGCCUACGUGUCCCUGGGGAGCCAUGAGCAGGCUUUGCACUUUGCAAGGAAGCAUCUUAAAAUCUCCCAAGAGAUUGGGGACAGGAGCGGGGAGCUGGCAGCACAGGUGAACAUGGCCCAGCUCAGGGCAGCCCUUGGCUUGGGCCCCGGGGAUGAGGACGUGGGUGCAGCUCAUCCCUACUCUGGCUACGAGGCACAAGGAGCCAGGCCAAAGAGACUCCAGGGGAACAGCAUGGACAGCUUAGACCUCCUCAAGUUCCCUUCUGAAAAGGACCAGAAUGGGGACAGCCACCACGUGGGAGAGCUGAAGAUCUCAGGAAAAGAGUUCUUGUCAUUACCUGCAAGAACGAAGAAAUACCGGGAGCACCAAUCCAGCUUGGAAAGGAACCCCCAGGGAUCAGGUGCAUCCUCUCUGGAUGCUGGGGAAGUCCAAGUCCAGGUGCCACAGUCGAAAAUCAACCGGACCCCUUCGGAUGAGGAAUGCUUCUUUGACCUGUUGAGCAAGUUCCAGAGCAACCGGAUGGAUGAUCAGCGCUGCCCGUUGGAGGAGUGCCCAGCCGAGGCUGCGGAGGCAGCUGCCACGCGGGUCCCUGCCCUGGGAGAGCGGAUAUCACAGUCCACCCUGAUGGCAUCUCCACAGACAGAGGAGUUCUUCGAUCUCAUCGCCAGCUCCCAGAGCAGGCGCCUGGAUGACCAACGUGCCAACGUGGGCAACCUGCCCGGCCUGCGGAUAACCCACAACAACCUGGGCCACCUGCGUGUGGAGGGGGACGCCCAGGAGCCCGGGGACGAAUUCUUCAACAUGCUCAUGAAGUGUCAGUCCUCCAGGAUCGAUGACCAGCGCUGUGCCCCCCCAGACUCCAUCCCCCGUGGGCCCACCAUGCCCGAUGAAGACUUUUUCAGCCUCAUCCAGCGUGUCCAGGCCAAACGCAUGGACGAGCAGCGUGUGGAUUUGGCUUCAGCCCAGGAGGAGGCUGAGGAGGAGCUGAAGAGGCCUGGUUCCAGCUAA